AUGUACAAGAUCUUGGCCCUCAUCGGCUGUGCCGCCGCCGCGGCCAUCGACGUCAACCCGCACAACGGCAAGAACUGCCAGGACAUUACGGUGCCCAUCACCGUCGCCACGACGCUCAAGCAGUUUGACUACCACCCGACCGACUCCGAGGUGGACACGACCAACUUUUUUCUCGAGUUUACGCGUCCGGGCAGCGACUUUGUGAAGCGUCUCACCAUAAACAGAGAGAGAGUGCCAUCUAACACCAAUAACCAGAACGACACCAACAUCAAAAAAGACUACACCCUCGCCGCCACGCUCUGCCACCCGCCCGACGGUCCCGGCUCCACGCUGCAGAUCUUGACGCACGGCGUCGGCUUCGACCGCAGCUACUGGGACUACCCCUUUGCCGGGUUCAACUACUCGUACGUGGCCCGGGCCGUCGCCGCGGGCCACUCGACGCUCGCCUGGGACCGGCUCGGCAUCGCGGCCUCGUCGCACGGGGACCCGGUGCAGGAGAUUCAGCUGGGGCUCGAGGUCGAGGCGCUGCGGCAGCUGACACUGGCGGCCGCCGGAUCCUCAUCGGACCUCUGCGGCCUCCUCUCCGGGCACCGCUUCACGAAAACGGUGCACGUCGGCCACUCGUUUGGCUCCGCCCUCACAUACGCCCUCUCCUCGCAGCACCCAGACAUUAGCGACGCCGUGGUGCUCACCGGCUUCUCGCAGGCCCCCGCGUACAUGGCGUACUUUGCGCUCGGCGCCAACUUUGCGCCCGUCGCCGCCGUCAGCGCGGCCUUGGCCGAGCGGUACGCGACCGGCUACGUCGCGCCGCGCACCGCCAUCGGCGUGCACAUUGACUUUUUCGCCCCCGGCGACUUUGCAGACGCCCUGCUCGCCGACGCCACCGUGCACGGCCAGCCCGCCGCCGUCGGCGAGCUGCUCACCAUUGGCGACGCCGCCGCCGCCCCGAGCGCGUUUGCCGGCAAGGUCCUCAUCAUCACCGGCGAGCACGACGUGCCCUUUUGCGGCGGCAAUUGCAACAUGCCCAUGGGCGACGCCCCCGACCUGCUCGCCCUGUCCAAGCCCAUGUUCGCCCAGGCCGCCGCGUUCCAGACAAUGGUGGUGCCCGGCGCCGGCCACGGCCUCAACUUUGGCUACUCCCACGUCGUCACCUACCAGAGCAUUCUCGACUUUCUCAAGCAGCAGCUGUAG